AUGGCCGCCCCAAGCUGCCCCAGUGUGCCGGAACUUCGUGAAGCGCUCGCGAAGGCCGAAGCUCAGCACGCUGACAACCAGGAAGCCCUACAAACUGCCGGGCAUCAGGGACAACGUCUUCUGGCUGAGGAGCAAGCGCUGCGGCAGAGCUUGGAGUCUUGUCGGCAAGAGCUGGAGCAGGCCGCAGAGGAGCGAUCCACGCCCGUCUCUGAGAAACGGCCGCAAGCCAGGGCCCAGCAUGAGCUGGAGCGACUCCAACUUCGGAACCAGCUCAUGGCAGAGGAGUUGGAGGAACACGAGAAUGCAAGAUCCCGGUCGAUCUCCACGCCACGCCGCCACCGGGGCAAAUCGCAAAGUGAGGAUGGUCGGAUGCGGCUUCAAGAACUUAAUCAGGAGCUGGCAGAGAUCAAGACUGCAGAAGAGGAUGCCGCGCAUGGUUGGGCGCAGGAGCAGCGCCUGCUGGCUUCGGAGGUUCUGGAGGCUGAGGAGUCAGAGGCCAGAAUGCUGAAGCAGAUGAGAGAGAAGCUAAAGCAAAUCAACGAAAGGAAUGAUCUGUUAAAGGAGGAGCUGCGAAGCGAAGAGGCCAAGACACAAGGAAAAACACUUUCUUUGCAGACUGCUGUCGGGCAGCUACGCGCAGAGCUGAAGUGCUGGAGCACGGGCGGCGGAAGCCCUUCCCACUCCCAAAAUCGUCAUGGCCAUGGCUCCAGUGCAGGGAGCGAGGUUUGGAGCGGCCGUGCCUCUGAGAGCUCUUUGGGCUCCGGCUCGCAUGGCUCACGAGGCUCAGGAGGCUCAGACUCACAAAACUCCGAGUCCCAGGGCUUCGGCUCUGGCCAGCGCAAGGCUCGGAGGCGCCCAACCUCCAGCUUCAAGCCUCUGGAGCAAAUGGUCGCCACCAAACCCACGGAGACCCGUAGCGAACACCACGAAACAGACGAGACGGCGACCUCGAGCGCCUCCACAGCACUGCGCUCUUUGCGGAACUCGGUCUCAGGGCUUAUGGACGACGCACUGCUCCGUGUAGGCGAGCUGCUGCAGGACUCGGGCAGCACGGUCAGGGAGAGCAAGAUGGAGCCUAUUGCAGAGACAAAGUUCGAGCAAGAGGACGUAAGUGAAGGCUCGCCGGAAACGCUGACUGAUUUGUGGAAGGGGAGCCACCGGGAGAGUGCGUCAGCAGCUUUUGCUCAUUUCGGGGCAUUGCUGCAACAGCAAGUGAGCAGCGCGGCAGAGAUGGCAGCUACUGCCAUGCCCAGCCGGGGUUGA